AACAACCUAACAACAGGACAGCGACUUUCACCGACGUUACAAAACAAUGAAUGCAUUAACAGAACUGAAGCAGCUUUAGUGCUCUGCGAUAUUUAAGAUAUUAUGAUUUUAAGUAAUAUUAUUAACAGAAACGUUACAUCACAAAAGUUUCACCGGCCCAGGAAACGGCGUGGGAUAUCUAGUUAGCGUUUCAAGAGGCUGGCUAGCCAACUGGCUAGGGCUAAUUAGCCAACCAGUUCUCCAAAAAAGCUACAAUAGUGCUAUAAGUUGAAUUAAAUGGCUGUAUAUAAAACUUUACCAGCAUGCUGAGUUUUCUUAUAGCCCGACAAACGGGUGUCGACGAGCCAGUUCGCCUGAGACGAGCAGAGUCAACAAGAAGGGUGCUGAGUUUGGAGUUGAAUCAUGACAGAGAUGUGGAAUGUAUUCAUGGGAAUGGAAUCAACACUAUUGACAUCGAGGUCAUUGAAGGCAGAUAUAUGUUGUCAGGAGGCUCAGAUGGAGUAAUUGUGAUCUACGACCUGGAAAACAACAGCAAGAAGCCACAUUACACAUGCAAAGCAGUUUGUACUGUGGGCAGGUCAAGUCGUUAUGUGCACAAGUUCAGUGUGGAGACAGUCCAGUGGUACCCUCAUGACACUGGCAUGUUUGUGUCCAGCUCAUUUGACAAAACCAUGAAAGUUUGGGACACAGAAACUUUGAAGCCAGCUGAAGUGUUCCAGUUUGAAGGGAAUGUCUACUGCCACCAUAUGUCACCUAUUGCCAGGAAACAUGGUCUAAUAGCAGUUGGUACCAAAGACCCUAAAGUCCAGCUGUGUGAUCUGAAGUCUGGCUCCCGUAUUCACAUCCUUCAGGGUCACAGAGGGGAAGUUCUUUCUGUCAAGUGGUCCCCACGCUAUGAGCACAUCCUGGCCACUGCUAGUACUGAUAGCAGGGUGCGUGUAUGGGAUGUGCGACGGGCCUCUGGAAGCCUCUUUACUUUAGACCAGCACAACGGCGACAAGUCUAAGGCCUCUUCUGAAUCAGUGAACACAGCCCAUGAUGGACGUGUCAAUGGCCUGUGCUUCACCGAUGACGGCCUUUAUCUCCUCACCGCAGGCACGGACGACCGCAUGAGGCUGUGGAACAGCGCCACUGGCGAGAAUACACUGGUAAACUAUGGGAAGGUGGUUAACGAGAGCCGGAAAGGUGUGAAGUUCACUGUGUCAAGAGGCUGCAGCCCAGAGUUUGUCUUUGUGCCAUGUGGCAGCUCUGUGGCCAUGUAUGGCCUUCACACCGGUGAACUGGUCACCAUGCUGAGGGGACAUUACAAUAAUGUGGACUGCUGUGAGUUCCACCCAGACUAUCAGGAGCUCUACAGUGGUGGGAAGGACUGUAACAUCUUGGCAUGGGUGCCUGUGCUACGUCAUCCCGACACUGAGGAUGAGGGGGCUGGCUCUGUAAAGGGUGGGGCCCAAACUUCGGUUAAUCCUGCUUUCGAAGAUGCCUGGAGCAGCGAUGAAGAUUAAAUGAGCUAAUCACAGUUUGAAUAUUGCAAUACUGAACAGUCACACUACAGUGCAAUAUGCUGGAGCUUUCUUUCAGAGGGGAACCAGCCUCAAAGACUCUGUUAUACCACAACUGAAUGUACUGUAUUAUUGUAUCAUGCCAAACAUCUCUGUGUCCACUUUUGUUUACAAGCCUGUGUUUUUUUUUUUUUUGUUUUUUUUUGCCAAUGUAACAUGUUUUGUUAUACAUAUUCCUUUUUGCAUACCUCUACAUCAAUGACCCUGUCUAGUGAAACAGGAUUUAAUAGAUGCUACUUAAUAUACUUAGUGUGGGUCAGGCGUGUUAGAUUAGGGUUGGAACUAAACAGGGCAGUCUACAGUGGCCCCAAAAAUUAAUCAAAACUUGUGUUAACUGAUGACAUCAUGAACUCAGAAGAGUACAAAUCCAAUGUUGGAUGCAAACCAGCAGACGUCUGCAAACAACAUCACAAACAUAAAACACAAAAAUAUAACAUUCUGUAACUGCCUUUUGAGAGAGAAUUACAGUCUUGAAAUGGCAGAUUUAAAAUGGAUAACAGUUGGUGUGACAUUUUGUUGCACAAUAUGAGUUAUACAGUUUUAUGUAUGGCACAAAUGUCCAAAUAGUUUUAGUACCACUGUAUCUGUGUGAGUAGAUUUGGGAAUUUCUACUCUACCUGAAAAUGAUUGUGACUGCCAUAUGUGUGCUGUCAGAAACUGGGUCUCAUUUUUCUCCUUCAUUUGCAUGAUGUGGCCAGGUGUGAUGACCACACCUCUAGUAUGACUUAUGGUCCAAAUAGGUCAAAGGCAAAAGUCAUAAGUUUUUCAAGGCAUAACGCAAGUGAGAGAUUUGGAUGGUGUGCAUAGAUGCUGAUAAUGAUUUUUUUCACUGCCAAUAAAUGGAUUUUUUAUUGUGAUGAA